CUGACAAAAGUUAUUUAACAAAUACAACGGCGCCGAUAGCGAAGCGAAGAGAGAUGAGUCUGACAAGCUGGAUAGCAUCCUGGUGGCUGGUCCUGGCCCUGCUGCACUCUACAAAUGCUCAAUAUCGGUCGCCAAGGAUCGUGGAAAACCCGAGCGAUACCAUCGUACCGAAAAGCGACCCGGUCACGCUGAACUGCAAGGCCGAGGGCAAACCGCCACCGGUGAUCCAGUGGUACAAGGAUGGCGACGAGGUGAAGUUGGACGCGAACCACGUCCUGCUGCCGGCCGGUUCGCUCUUCUUCCUGCGCACCGUCCACGGGAAGAAGGAGCAGGACGAUGGGGUCUACUGGUGCGUUGCCAGCAACGUGGCCGGCAAGGUGUACAGCCGGAACGCGACGCUGCAGGUGGCAACGCUUCGGGAAGACUUCCGUGUGACACCAAAGAACACCCGGGUGGCGGCCGGGGAGACGGCCCUGCUCGAGUGUAGCCCACCCCGGGGCAACCCGGAACCGACCGUUAGCUGGAAAAAGGGCGACAUCUUCCUCGAGCUGGACGAUUAUCGCAUAUCGAAGGAGCUGGCCCGGAUCCGGAUCGUGGACGGUGGGAACCUGAUGAUCAGCGACGUCCGGCCGGGCGACGGUGGCCUUUACCAGUGCAUCGCCCAAAAUAUGGUCGGCUCGAGGGUGAGCCCGCUGGCCCAGCUGACCGUGCAGGUCAAGCCUUACUUUAUCGCGCGGCCCGCCAAUGCAACGGUCCUCGAGGGUCACCGGGUCCAGUUCCAGUGUGCGGUCGGAGGCGACCCGGCCCCGCAGAUCCUGUGGAGCAAAAAGGACGGCCACAUCCCGGUCGGUCGGGCGGAAAUAGCCGAGGAGGACAAGAGCCUCAUCAUCCGGAACGUCACCGCCGACGAUCACGGGCUGUACGCGUGCGAGGCCCGCAACUCGGUCGGCUUCAUCGACGAACGGGCCAUGCUGAUCGUCUACACUCCACCGGUGUUCAGCGUGAGACCGCAGGACCAGAAGGCGACCGUCAACGGGGUGGCCACGUUCAAGUGUUCCGCCAGCGGCAACCCGGCGCCGUCGGUGUUCUGGACGCGUGAGGGCUCCCAGACGCUGAUGUUUCCGAACAACAGCUACGGCAACAUGCACGUGUCCGGCCAGGGCUCGCUGCAGAUCCGGGGCGUGGAGCGGGAGGACGACGGCUACUUUGUCUGCUCGGCGCUCAGCGUGGCGGGCUCCGUCACCGGGCGGGUCUACUUGCAGGUGACAUCGCCGAUCGAUAGCAUUCCGGCGCCGUUGCUGCAGCAAGUCCCCUCGAACCAGACGCUACCGGCCGGAACGAAGGCAACGCUACCCUGCCGAGGCUCACCGGCCACCGGACCGAUUUCCGAUGCGACCGACGCUACUCCGCGCUGGGAGCGCGACGGAGGUACCACCAGUCUUCAGAGUCUUCGCCCGGGAAGACGCUUUAAGUUUCUCGCCGGCGGAUCAUUGCGGAUCGAUGAUCUUCAACCGGAAGACAGUGGCUGGUACCGGUGCAGCAUCCGACAAGACGGCCACGAGUACUCCUGGGCGGCAUAUCUGAAUGUCGAUAACAAUCUGCCGCCGCAGUCGCAGCAGCUGUUCAACGCGGAACUGCUCCCCUCGGCACCGGGCCAACCGAAGGCGGCCAACAUCACCAACACGAACGUGACGCUGAUCUGGGCCCGCGGCCAGGACAAGCUACGCACGAACGCGAUCGCCAGCUACACGAUCGAGUACCACAGCACCAGCGAUGGAGGAACGGGCGGUAGUUGGCGGGUGGCGCUACGCCAGAUAGCGGGCAACACGGCCACGGUGACGGGCCUGGUGCCGGAAACGGGCUACAUCUUCUCGGUGCGGGCCGAGAACGGGAUGGGCUUCUCGGCCCCGUCGCCAGUUUCCGGCCUCAUCCGGACGCUAGCAUCCGACGAUCGGGUCACCAUCCCGGAGGAGCUCGAACAGGCCCGGGUAGUGCUGGCCGGCAAGAUCCUAGAGCUGAUCGAUAUCAUUGCCCUGACGUCGACGUCGGUGCGGCUCGAGUGGCAGCUACAGGUCGGUGGGUCGGAGGAGUACAUCGAAGGGUUCUACGUGCGGUACCGCGAUCUGGACAGCGACGUGCGGCUCUACAGCAUGCUGCCGAUUCCGAAUAGCGAAACCGAGAGCCACAUCAUUACGAACCUAAACAAGUACACGCGCUACGAGUUCUUCCUGUCGCCGUACUUCAAGAACCUGGAGGGUCAGCUGAGCAACGCGCGCAUCGUACGCACGCUCGAGGACAUGCCGACGGGGCCACCGACGGGGAUUCAGGCCGGUAUGCUCAACUUGACCGCGGGCUGGGUGCGGUGGGGGCCGCCGGCCCGCGAGCACCAGCACGGCGAACUGGUAGGCUACAAGAUCCAGGUCAAGUCGGGCAACAACGCGUCGAAACUGCUGGCGCAGAUGACGCUGAACGCGACGACCACCUCGGUGAUGCUGAACAACCUGACGACCGGCGCGAGCUACACGGUCCGCGUCGCCAUGUUCAACCGGCUCGGCAUGGGCCCGUUCUCGAAGCCGCUCUACCUCGUGAUGGACCCGGCGUUCGUGAUCGUGCCGCAGGGUGUCCACAACGGCCAGCACUACGGCGGCGCCGACUACGACGAGCGGCUCCGGCCGGGGCACGGGGGGCAUCCGCACCAGCAUCAGGCGCACGGCUUCCUGCACGAGACGUGGUUUAUGAUCUUCGUCGUGUUCUCGCUGCUGGUCAUCCUGAUCGUAACGAUCGUCGCAGGCGUGGUGAUCUUCCGGCGCCGCCAGACGCUCGGACGCAAACCGGUCGUCACCGUGCCGACGGUGCUGGGUGGGGCCCGCCGCGGGGACAUCGCCAACCUGACCAUGCCACGCAAGGACGGCAUCUGGAUCGAUCGGGGCUGGCGGACCUGCGACACCGACAAGGAUUCGGGCCUCAGCUCGAUCAAACUGCUGGAGGGAACGCAGGGAGGUCACCACACGUAUCCGCUCCCGGAUGGAGGUGGAACGGACUACGCCGAGGUCGACCCCCGAGGGCUUACGUCGUUCUACAAUCGGAAGUCACCCGAAAGUCCGACGCCGUACGCGACGACGAUGAUCAUUAACGGGUUGCCGCGGAGCGAGAACGGUGAUCUCGGUUACCAGGGCGGUCACGACACCUUUUCGUCCACCUCGUCCAGUUUCCGCUCGUUCUACGGGUACCCGCGGCCACUGAACACCAACAACGUUCCUCCGAAUUGGGUCGACUACCUGCCGCCGCCACCGGAGCAUCCACCGCCGGUGCCGCAGGUGCCGCUGGACGGAAGCCAUCACCACCUGAUGAACCAUCACCACGUGUACCCGUCGGAGCUGAUCGGGACGCUCAACACCUCGCAGUCCUCGCAGAGCUACUGUUCGCGGCGCACGAGCGGCUACAAGUGAGGGCCGGGGUACCGCCCCGGCUGGUAGGCAGUCCGAAUACCGCCACACACUUCUUCAACUAACCAAACAAAACCGAAAGCAGCACAAACAUUCGAACAAACAUGGGACCCCCCAGGGGAGGUCCGUCGCGUCAACCUCGCGCAGGGACGCCGCAAACUAGUUGCGGAUGCCGCGGACAUCGCGUUCUCGCGCCCAGUGCUCUGCAGGAACCCCGCCUUUGGCGGCCCUGUUUUCUGUAGAUAGUCGCGUCGCCCCACAGCACGUAGAGAGAGAGUUUCUUUUUGGGAAGCCGGCUUCCUGCCGGGGUCCUGCUGAGGCCCGAGCGGUCGCGCGCGACGGCGCGCAAACGGCCAGCGAUAGAAGAUCCCCAAGGGAUUAUCGUGUACAGUGUAGAACUUCUCCCGCGGAUGAUGGAGCGCCGCCACGAUGAAGAGGGGCGCACGCGAAACAUGAUGUUUAUGAUGCCGCCGCCAGUCGGCGAAACGAAACGAAGAAUCGACGCACCACCAGCGCACGACACUCAGAUCUCUGUCUCUCACGGCUUUCCCGCGGCUCGAAAGCCGGGGAGCGAUGGGGACACAAUCUCGCCGCGACGAUCGGUGAUCGUGAUCGCGAAAUGGGCUGCCAUUUGCUGCUGCCGCCCGGAAGCAAGGGGAGAUGCAGUCCGCUCAAUGAAAGUAGUUUUAUCACCACCCGCGAUGUGUAACGACACCCCCAAGUAGCCGCCGUGUCUGGGCCGGCCGGCAAAGCAUGAUGUGUCCCCAUGUAGUAGUUACAGAUGGU